AUGGAAGGAAGUUCCGAAAAUGCCACACCAUGGGUAAACCUCGAGGACAUGAUGCUAGAUGAGUUCAGUCAAUCACAUUCAUAUGAGGUCACUAAAAUUGUCAACCUCAAAGAAUCAAAGAGUAGAAUAGUGGUUUCCAGGGCUGGGGGGAGGGGCAACGAGGAGCUGCUAUUCGGUGGGAAUGAAGUUUCAGCCCUUGAGAGAGGCCUGACCAGGGCACUGAAGAAACUGGAUGACUACCUGAACAACCCUCUCCCAGAGGAGAUCGAUGCCAACACUUGCGGGGAUGAAGACAAGAGGUCCCGGCGCAAAUUCUUAGAUGGGGACGAGCUGACCCUGGCCGACUGCAAUCUGUUGCCCAAACUCCAUGUGGUCAAGAUUGUGGCCAAGAAGUACCGCAACUACGAUUUCCCGGCCGAGAUGACGGGCCUGUGGCGGUACCUGAAGAACGCCUACGCGCGGGAUGAGUUCACCAACACCUGUGCGGCAGACCAGGAGAUCGAGUCGGCCUACGCCGAUGUGGCCAAGCGCCUCAGCCGGUCCUGAGCUCAGCCGCCUUGCCCCACCCCUGGCAGCAGAAGGACUUGGCUUCUCCCAAAGGAACUCGGGCCUCGCAGACCCCCCUUCCGCGCCGCGUCGGGAAACAGCGUUUGGUUGCCCUCCACAUCUCGCUGGCCUCGUGGGACACCAGCCUGCUGCCUCUUAGGAAGGUCCCAGCCGACCCCAUCUGAUCACGCGGGCAUCUGCAAGCAGAAAUGGUAGAAACACGCAAGCGCUCAGCCUUUGGAGCCCACCUAGGGGACUGUCCCCAGCCCCGCCGCCAAUCAGAAUCGCUGCCCAGCUGCAUUAGGAACAUGCAACACCGUGUCCCCCCCCCGUCCUCUUUGUUGGUAACUCCACGGCCGAGGACAGAUGCCAUCGUAGUUCUUGCUAGAAAGAGAGCCACCGCGUUGGGGGGAGACAGAGUGAAUGGAGGGCCGGCAGGCUGUGGAUUGGGCCACUGGCACAUACACCUUCAGUCCCCGUCUGCUUUCUGACGCUCCGGUCACACGGGGCACUGAAGACCAGACGGGAGCACCACUUCAGACAGUCUCUGUUGGCUGCAAUGCUGAGACGGUCGCCAUGCUUUUGUGUAUCUGGCUGACAGGAGCCUCUGGUUCUUGGCUGUCCAGGCCUUUUGAGGAAGGGACAUUGGCAUGCAGUCGCAGACUGGGGUGACUGCAAAGGGGAGGGGGAGCAGUGUCGAUGCCAAAAGGCCCACGGGGUCUACCAGCCAUGGGGUUUGCUUGCUUAGGGGUAGUUUUGUUGGAGAUGCCAUGCCUGGGUUUGACUGAUCCACGAGUCAAUUUCGGUCUGUGAGAAAGCAGAUGGGGGGGGUGGGGUGGGGGUGACGAUAGAGAAGUUCUUUAUGAGGCUCGAUGUUCCCUGGGAAUCCUUCACACAGGUCUUCUCUCUCAUGAUCUAAGUCUUGAACUGCUGAUGGCAUGUCACUACCAACCAAGAAUUGGCCAAAACUGACUUCCCAGUCUCUUCAAGUGGUUCCCCAAUGUGGGUCUGCCAGCCGGAUGUGACUCCUGGCUGAGUUGGCUGCAAUCUCUGACGGGUGAGAGAUGGCAUGAUCAUGGAACACCUUAGGAAGAAAGUCCAUGGGCUUUUCUGACCGGGAAACCAUGUGGUUUGACCUUGAGGAAAAGUAGAUGCCCCAUCUGGGUUAAUUUUCCUGCCAUCUGACUCACCUGCCAGAUGAGAAAGGAACGGGUUUUAGUCAGUAUUUCACUCCUCAGUCGUUCUCCUUGAGUUUCACCUCCUUCAAAGCUCACCCGGCUCAAGCCUGGGGACCUGUGCAGAGGAAACUAAGAAAAACGAGCUAAUCAUCAGCCCUCUGUCCUAGUGAUGCGCUGUGAGAAAAGCCACCUGCCAUAGACGGUCACCUUCAGCAGUCCUCCCAUCCAGGCUGCCUGCGGGUAGAGUGAGGUCCCGAGUGCCAGAAAGCCCCGGGACCUGGCUCAUUGCUCAGGAAGCUCAGGGCAGCACGGUCCUUUCCAUAGAAACAUCCGCAUAUCCUCACCCCGGCCACCCCCAGACCGGCCUGCCUCCUGGGAUCUCUGAAGAAAUCACGUUGGCCCGCUGAUCUGAGCAGAAGGGAGGAAACAGGAGCCCCUUGAGCCCACUGAGGAAGAGGAAAUUUCUCAGUAGGACGUUUUAUUAGCCUGAGAGCUUUGCAAGGGCAAGGAGGCAUUGAUUCAUUCCCACCCCUAAAGGAACCUUCCCAGGGACUCCCUGGGAACUUAGUCCCGAGACAUGUUUAGAAAGGAGCAUGGGGUGGGGGGGGAACAGUUCUUGUGACUAUAGGGGUAAGCCCUGACCUGGCCUCGGGAGAUGAAGUCUUGAAUGAUCCCAGAGGACUAUUAGUGUAAAUCCUGUUGUCCUCAGAAACCCUUCCCUGAGUUUAGCAACACAGGCACGAUGACCUAAGAAGCAGUUUACUUUCCAGAGACCCACAGUGGUCUAGAAGCAAGUCGAUGUAGCAAAGGGAGCGGGACAAAGAAAACAGGCCCCAGGUGGCACAGCUCCUGGCUAGGGGUUGUCUGAUCCUAAUGACUGAUUUGAGAGUCAGAAUUCAGCCAUUGGCGAGUCUUUAAAAACAAAGAAGCCAAACCAAAUCAAUAUUGUUGUUUCUAGAUGGUCCUUCUGUGGUUGACUUAGUUUUACAUAAAUAAUAAUAUUAAGGCACCAGUGGGGGGUGGGGGGGGCCGUUACAUGAUCAGUUAUAACCAUUGAAAACAGGAUGGAGUUUAGAGAUGGAAAGCACUUCUGAGUAAUUCAGGAAUAUCUUUUUAUUUCAAUAGUGGAUUAUUAUAUAAUAUAACUGAGUCUUGACUAAGAGCUUUAAUGUCUUACGACCAGAUUUAGCAGAAUAUUUUAAAAUAACAAUAAUAUUACCUUCUGAUUAUUUUUUCCAAGAGAGAUUUUUCUCCAGGUCCUUCAGCCUCCCUGGGCUUUGGCCACAACCCUGUCACAUACACAGCAAAUCAUCUUCAAGCAUCGGUAUGAUGAGGUCCUUAGGUGUCUCCAGAACCCACUCAGGGAGUGCUGAAGGUUUGCAGUUUGAACUCCAGAGUUAUAAGACAGGAGGUCACCCUAUCAUUGGUCUUGAAUGAGUAUUGAUCCCUCAAAAAGCAUUUCAGUGGCAUUAGAAAGAGUUUGGGUUGAGAUCCUAUUUUAUUUCGGAUUUAUUUUUCCCCUUUGACUUUCAUGUCCUAUUUUAUUUUUGUGGGAUAGCAUAGUGGGAGGCAGAGUCAGAAAGAAGAAUCAAACUCAGAAUAACAGUGUUGAAUUUACCCAUCUAUCCAGAUUGGGCCACCUCUCAGGUUGGCCCAGAAAGAAGGUAUUGGGUAAGAUUUUAAUAACCUUAUAUGAUGAGCUGGGUAAUAAAAGCUUGAGUGUUCUAGACUAGCAUGGUGCCUUCUAUUGUGUGUCUUUAUGUCCUGAUAAAGGAAGUCAAAUGCCUGACAGCUCAGAAUCACACGCUACGAAAAGCAAAACACACUUUUAUUUGACCACACAAUCUCAGACUGGUUCCAGCUUCCCAGGAAAUGCCAGUCUCCGGUGUUCACAUCUGCUGGGGGGGGGGGGGGGGCAGCAACGAUCUUGGUCUUUUCAUUAGAAAAAGCCUUCACCACGAGGGAAGUUUCCUAAGCUGCAUUUUCCAGCAUUUGUUGAAUGAAACCAUAGAAGCUCUUCGCAGCACCUCUGCCCACUGGCCAUUCUGCACAAAGACAACACCAAGCAUCUUUGAAUUGUUACAGGAUGGAUCCUGAAGGUCUAAGAAUCUCAGGAAUCAGUAAGGCCUAGACAAAUAGAAUUAAAAGAGGGGCAGAGUCAGGAAGGUACAGGUCCUUCUAGGAAGAGUUUUCCAUCUUAAAAAACCAGUGAAGAAUCUGUAUCUAAAUUAAAUUGGUCUAGAGGCAGCAGGAAUCCAGUAGGUACCUCUGUGAGCAGCCACUCUUCCCAGUGGCCAGGAGCCAUUUAUGUAGCAGAGUGAAGCAAGAUGCCGUUCUCUCUCUCCUUGGAAAGAUGAAGUAUCACCUCAUUAUUAAAACUAAGUUCCAUGAUUCCUAAGGGAUCACUUCCUUAUUUUUUCACAUGCCAUUAAAAAGAAUCAUAAGCAUUCGAGAGAGAGGUGUGCAUGUGAAGCAUCCUGGUUCUAAAGUUAGGAGAACAGAUGAUGUCACAUCUUUGGCCUUGGAGCCCUUUCUGCAAACAAGACCCAGUGUCUUCUAUCCAGUGCUUUUUAGCAUUCAAAUCAAGUAACAUGUGCCCCCUUCAUGAAUGCGUAUUCCUCUACCUUUGCCAAUAUUCUUCUCCCGGCUUAGUUGCAGGAUGCUUUCCUUUCAUCAUGAGGUUAUGAUCCAAAGUGUGCAUCAUUUUAUUUAAUGUUACUUGAGGAAUUAGAUCCAAUGCUCCCCUCACCAACCAAAAAAUAAAAUGAAAGAUUGCUUCAUUACAGGGUUUGGGCUAAUAUGUGUUUCUAUAAAAGCAAUCUGGUUUUUUUUGGGGGGGCGGAGAACAUAGUUUAAAGGAUCCAAUUAUCUAAGAUAUGUUAUGCCUAGUUAGAAGUUUCACAAUAAUGAUUAUGCAUAUACUUAAAAUAUAAAAUACCCAGCUGCUGUUUGAACUUUGUCUUACUUUCCUGACCUCGUGUUUGUCCCAUCCUAAAAGCUAGGUGUUAACUAAUUUAGCAAAAGAUGCCUAGCUUUUAUAAAAGAACAAACAUUACAUUUUAUAAAGACACUCCAAAGGAUGGUUACUUGUUUUUCUCAAGACCUUUAACUGUGGUGACAAAAUAGCAGGACUUGCUUUCAAGCCUUAAUAAAUAUAAAUUGCCUUUUAAUGAAGAUAUUGCUGAAUGUUUUCUUCAUGAAUCUGAACGAGUAAUAAAUUGGUUUUCCAGUCUUGAUUGGUAUUGACUGAUUCAAAUAAAGUUGGUUUAUUUUCAGCUAUUACAAAAGCAAUCAUCAGACUGCUUAUUUGAGGUGAGGAUCUCCUAUGCUGUUUUAAAUGACAAGUGUGAACUACCUUUUUUUUUUUUUUCCAAAUAAAAGUUACUCUGUUUUCCCAUUAUAAAA